AUGGGCAAUCUCUCAGAAUUUGAGAAGCAAAGGCAGCAGAACAUUGCGAGGAACAAGGAAUUGUUCAGGAAGCUCAAUCUGGAUAACAUCGCAAGCGAUUUCCAGCGCGAGCUUCCGCAGGAGCAGAAAAGACCGAAAAGCAAGGGUCCGCGAUCUAAAAAGAUCAAAACGGAACCAGCAAUUCCUACAAGGCGUUCAAACAGGCUUGCUGGCGUUCAUGCGGACACAGACGAGGAGAGAAAGGCUAACGAGGAGGCAGAGCUGACGAGACAGAAAAACGAGGAACUGGAGAGAUUGAAGCGCAUCAGGCUGUCUGGCAACUUGAAGCUGAUAGACAUUUUGUCUCCAGACACAGAGGACAACAAGGACGUUCUUGACAAAUUGCUCAAAUUGGGACAAUCAGUUUCGUUCGGUGACUUCUACGAUGAUGUCAAGCACCGAGAUGCCCCGAAGGACGUGAAAGAGGCAAGGGAUAGCUUGAGCUCUGUUAGCCUCUACGACAAGAUCCCUGCGCAGGACAUCAAGCUCACUUCUUCCAGAAUGACCGCUAUUACAUUUCAUCCAUCUACAAGUAAAAAAGUCAUUUUUGGAGGCGAUACAAGCGGCGAGAUGGGCAUCUGGUCUGUCGACGACGACACAGACACUCAGGCGGAAAUCACCCACGUGAAAUAUCACGGAAGCAAUAUACCUCGAAUUUUGAUAAGGGAGCAAAAGCCCAAGGAAAUAAUAACAUGUUCCUAUGAUGGAUCUAUUAGGUUGCUGGACUUGGACAAGAACGUCUCAAACUCUGUUCUCGAAUUUGACAACGAAUACGGAGGAGCGGCCACCUUUUCUGACAUGCAUUUUCUAGACCCCAAUGUCUUGGCGUUCAGUACCAUGGAAGGAGAGCUCGGAACUUUUGAUACCCGCGAACCCAACAAGCCACGCUCGGAGAUCAAUGUUCUGCGGUUGCACGACAAAAAGAUCACCAACUUUGGCGUAAACCCCAAAAUGACACAACAGCUGGUAUCUGCCUCGCUGGACCGAACACUAAAAAUCUGGGACCUACGUAAGAUUGGAAAAUCGAGCUGGUCACAGAACGAAAACGCAACUUCUCCUCACUGUCUAGGGUCGUACAAAAGCAGACUGAGUAUUAGCUCGGCGGAUUGGAAUACUUCAGGCGACAUCGUCUGCAACGGGUACGAUAAUACGAUCAACAUAUUCCAACUCGGAGACACUUCAAACUUGAAGCCUGACCACAUCUUUGAGCCGAUAAUCGAGGAAGAAGAAGGCGACAUCCCCGUCAACUUGAAACCCCAGGCCACAAUGACGCACAAUUGCCAGUCUGGACGCUGGGUGACAGUGUUGAAGGCUAAAUGGCAAAGCAAUCCUCAGGACGGAAUUGAAAAAUGUGUCAUUGCCAACAUGAAAAAAGCUAUCGACAUCUUCGAUCGCAACGGAAACCAGAUCGCCCAUCUCGAUGACGAGAGCAUGACCGCCGUUCCAGCUGUCGCCUGUUUCCACCCUACGCAGAACUGGAUCGCAGGCGGUAACUCUAGCGGAAAAACCUUUUUAUUUUAUUGA